CCAGGAUCUGACAGGCCCCGCUCCUUGUAGUCCAGGCUUGGGGCUAAGAUCCCACUGCUUAAGCAGAUGCGCUGCACCAGUAGGUACAUGUAGGAGGCAAACCAGGGACAUUCUGCAAAUGCACAGCUGGGGUCUGCAGUGGGUGUGGUGCAUUGUUUACUGUCAGGACACGCUAUAUGCACCCCCCGCACACGCACACACCCUGGUGUGUUUGGGUUGCAGGGCAAUGAUGCCCCCCUCUCCCCAUGUACUCUGGUGGAAAACACCUAGUGGCUGGGCAUCACAGUCCCCUCCCUCCAUCACUUGCCAGGAUGCUGCCCCCUUAUGAUUCUCUGCUCACUCUCUCUUCCAAGAAAGGGCGGGGGGGCAGAACUGGGGAGGGAGCUCUUCUCUCCCCCACAUAAGUGGGUAGAUCCGGGGGGGAAGAGUUUCCAUAGCAGAUCAGGGUCUCUGGAGGGGGGUGUGUGUGUGGAGGGGCUGAUGGGGUUUAAGGGGGUUUAAUCAUCACAGCGCCACCUCUGGCAGGGGGUUGGGCUGCUGGGCAGGGAACAAGAAACCACAAAUUGCCUUUCUCUCCCCCCCGCCCCGCCUCCCCACCCCCAACCCUGACCUGUCCUGCUUUGUCUGUCUCAGCUUUCAGAUUGGCUAGGGAGUCUGGAGCAGGGAGGGUGACCAGGGCCAGGAUCUUCGCCCCAGCUUGGCUUUGCUGCUGCUGGAUCGGACCCCGUCAGACGGAGAGGAGCCGACCCCAGCCCAGCGCCUGCAGCAGCGUCUGUAGCCUGAGUGUCGCUGAGAGACAAUGGGGCCAGCAGCUGGGGCUGCUGGGAGCGAAGAGCCACUGCAGCAGUUGUGUGUUAAUGGCAAUGGACACCUGGAGACUGGCAGGGAGCCAGAACCUCAUCGUAAUGGCAAGAAAUGUACAGUCUCCCUUGCAGUUGUGUUCUUGGGUCUCAUCAUCACAGUUAUUGUCCUGGCAGUGUUGUUAUAUAGACGUUCUUCAGCUGCUCUGGGCCCCUGGUUCCCUGCAUGCGCAGAUGGCUGGAUCGGGUACCGAGGGAAAUGCUACUAUUUCUCGGAGGCCAAAGGGAACUGGAACCACAGCCAGACACACUGCUCCUCCCUCUGUGCCUCCCUGGCUGCAAUCGACACCCUGCAGGACCUGGUUUUCAUGCUGCGCUAUAAAAGCAAAUUUGACCACUGGAUCGGCCUCCGGAGGGACCUGGGGCAGCCCUGGAAAUGGGCCAAUGGCACCGAAUUCAACAACCUGUUUCCAAUAACAGCAGAUGGUGACUGCGCGUAUCUGAAUGAUGAGAAUAGGGUCAGCAGCUUGCGAUGCACCAGUGAGAGACAUUGGAUCUGCAGCAAACCUUAUGCAUUUACAGAGGCGACGGGGGCUGAUAAAGAGUAUUGUGGAAAUUAGCCCUGAAAAAACCUGACUGAUCUCUGCUGACCAUCACAUCAGACAAAUUCCGGAAUAACAGGGAUUGCUCUGAGCACCAAGAAAAUUAUCUAUGUAACCUUUUAAAAUAUUUGCUGGGGGUGCAGCUAGGGGCCCUGCUAACGCUUCUGGAGCGCUUGCCUGGGACCGCCCGAGCAGUGGCCGGUGUGGCUGGCCCCGGGGCUGCCCCAGCUGUUUGGGUGGCCCUGG